CCUACCAUCGGUAGCAACCCCUCUAAAUGUUCUCUGCCACCCCCCUCCUCUCAUCGUCCACCUCCUCCUCCUCCUUCCAUCCCCCCGCGAAGUCACCGGGAUAACUGCAUUUCGUGGACAGAAUCCCACAAGAACUCACGGCGAGCGGUCGCCCCUCUAACACGGCCGAUUCUCGUAUCGUUUUCGGCUUUUUCCUCUGCGUAACGCGUUAUACUGCGAGAAGGAAGGGCAGUCAUCGUGGACGCUACCACUAUAUCCGUCGUCGUUGUCUUCGCGACGCCGCGGCACAGCCACUCCUCGGUCGCGAGCGGGGCACGCGCCAUUUCACGACAAUUAUUUCGAUAUUUGAAUUUUCAAGAGCCCGGGGGUUACCCCGUUCCUCGUGCUACUUACCAACCCCCCCCUCCCCCUGUAUCCCACCCUCCUGUCACCCUCUGGUUCCGACCCAUCUAAUUGCAUUCACCGGAUAAUCGGAUUGAAAUUUUCGAAUCGAGGCCACGGUAGCGAUAACGUCCGCCCGUGAUUAACCGGCCAAGCUUUCCACGGCCCUUACCCAGCCGCUUUCCACCCCCUUCGCGUCCUCCCUGCCGUACGCGCACUCGACGUCCACGCCGUAUUUCUCGCGAGUACACGCCGAAAAAAAGACGGGAAGCUUCGGUUUACGGUUUUCCUUUUUGUCUUCGGCCGGCCACGAUAUCGGGACUCGACGCCCGUGAACUUGGAUCGAGAGGGCAACCGCGAGGACCGAGACUCGGAAGUGCGUACCAGAGCCAGUGGGAACCACCGAUGACAUCGACCGUCGGUUGAGAACCCCUGCUUUCGGACGGAGACGAAAGGACACCAGUGUAGAUCGAACAGCUCCGAACUCACGCCCUUCGAAGGGAACCAGGAUCACUAGGUACGUCGUUCAUGGACGAUCUUUGGAGGAAAACACCGCGAUCGACUUCUUGACAAGAGAUCCAAGUGCCAGAGGGGACUCUCGAGCCGAGAAACCAGCAGGAUCGGUUUUCGAACAGUGUCGAUGUUGUGUUGAAGGAGAAGUGAAUUCUGCGAACAUGUGCGCCCCGAACGAACCGUCUUGGAAGUUCUAGACUCGUAGAAGGCUCUGGGAGAGGUACUAUUCAAUUCCUGUUGUAGCCACCGACUAAAUAAAUAAAUAAGUUAAUCCACGAUCUUAUUGACACGCUAGGAGCCACCGUCGAAUAGCUAUCGGAGGCCUGCGUCUAAACCAUAAAGAUAUCUUCGAAGAGGAUCGAUUCAGACUUUAUUCGACUGGGAACUCGGGGACUCUUCGUAAAAGAGUUGGAAAGAAAAGAGACCUUGGACAAUUUUCCAGUGAUAUUCUACAAAGAAACGAGUCUUCUGCAUCUUGCACGAGUCGAAUGUAACGUCAUCUACUACUUUGAUUCGAAGGUUAAUACUGCGACCGAUGUAAGCAAUUUGAUCCAAGUAAAUCGACGUAACGCGUCACUAUCGGAUUCGGGGAUCGAGGAGUAAAUCCAGAUUCUAGUAGUCGACUCGGUUCGGUUAGAAGACCGCAAGAUUUAAUUCGAGACCCUCGCGCGAAGAUUCAACGACAUCGGCAGGUUGUCCAGCGAGGAUCCGCCAGGAAAGAAUUCUGCUGCAUCGAGCAUGGAAUAGAAUAAAAAACAAGAUUAUCCUAUACUAAUAGAAUAAGGAGUCGAGAGUCACGAUAAAGUUCAAAACUAGAAGCAUACACUGUUUCGAUCCGAGUAAAUGGAUGUAGCUGGUCGCUAUCACAGGAAACUGAGUAAAUCCAUGUUCAAUUUAGUCGAAUCUCUGGUCGGUUAGAAGACUUCAAGAUUUAGUUGGAGACUCCCUCGGAAGGAGAUAUCAACAAUAUAAGCGAGUCGUUAAGUGAGGUUCCGCGAGGAAACAAUUGUACUGCAUCGAGCAAUAGAAAUCUAACAAGGAGUCGAGAGUACGAUAAAGUUGAAAACUAGAAGCAUCACUGCUGUAAGACCUCAAGAACUCGAAAAUCCCUCGUAAGGACAUCAACGAUCCGAGCAAAGCAUCGGGUGGGAUUCCGCAAGAAAACGAUCGUUUAUUCUCGACUCGAUCAAAUAGACUAGAAAGAAGGAUCCAAAAAUAUACGGUUCCUCCACUUGGAUUCGCGUAGAUCGAUGUAACUGGGCCCCUGGCGCUAUUACCGCUACUACCGCUACUAUCAACCAGCUCAGCUUUCCUCCGGAUCGUCCGCUCGUGGUUCCUCCUGAAGGGAGCGACGAAGGAUGUCCUGGUAGGCGGUGGAGGACCCGUGAAGAGCAUAACGAACGCGAGACCUCGACAAGGUCACCCCGGCAUCACCCUGGCUAACGAUUUGUCCGGAGGUACCGGGGGUCCGGGUGCAGGCGUCGGUUCCGUCGGCAGCACCUCCGUCGGCGGGAGUGGCGGCGGCUCGUCGAUACCGACGACAGCCCUCAGCCUCGACCACCAACAGUUCAACAUCUUCCCGGCGAUUUUCAGCAGACAGCUGAACUUCUCCGCGGCCGCCGCCGCCAACUGUGGCCAGAACAAGCUGAUGGACGAGUUAAGGCCGAACCUCGGUUUGCUCGGCGUCGGUCUCGUUGAGAACGACAGCUUUCACUUGAAUCACAACCAAGAGAAGAGGAAGUGCAGCAGUACCAGCUCGAACGAGCAAGAUUUCGGCCUCUAUGGGGUCCACCAGGGCCUCGAGGCUAGCCCGCCAACACCCGCCGCGACGCCCGGAAGAAGCAGCGUCGGAGCCACUUCCACUGUUGGUGCGGAGGGAGCUUUUAAAAAGUUAAAGCCCGAUCCUUGUGCUUCGAGUCCUCACAUCGGCCAUACUCCUACCACCGCUAGUUGUCCAACGCCUGCCCGACGGCGACACAGGACCACCUUCACGCAGGAGCAGCUGGCAGAAUUGGAAUCGGCAUUCGCAAAAUCUCAUUACCCGGACAUAUACUGUAGGGAGGAAUUGGCGAGGUCUACCAAAUUGAACGAGGCCAGAAUUCAGGUUUGGUUUCAAAAUAGAAGAGCGAAGUAUCGAAAACAAGAGAAACAGCUUCAGAAAGCUCUGACUCCAAUUCCUGCGUGUCAAGGUGCCAUGAUGAGGAACAUCUACCCUGGUGCUAGCAGAGGUUAUCAACCGUACCCUCAUCCUCAUAAUAGCAUAAACGGAAUAAAUCGUUACCCUCAGAUGGGCACAACGUCUUAUCCAAGUAUGACACAACCAUUUUCCAUGUCGCAUUCGGCGUCGAACAUGUCGGCAGUUACUGGUAUGAGACAAGAUGCAAUGGGAAUGUCAGCGGAGGACGAAUGGUACAACAAGAGCAUCUCUGCUUUAAGAAUGAAUACAGCUCAUCACCCGAAUCUUGCUGCUCCUAUGCUACAGUAUCAAACAUAAUUGUAAACGUUACAUAGGUGGGGCUACUCGAGAAAUUCACACAAGUAUUUGAAAUGCAAGCACGUCUUCGUUCGCACAACUCAGCAUUGCCAAAUUGUGUUGUCGAGGAAAGAAAUGAAAUUAACGAAAGAACAAUUAUUUCAAGGCACCACCGAGAUGACGUAGGGAAACGGUGAAAUGGAAAAUCAAAUUAACGCGAUUCUCGUGGCGCUUUUCAAGAAACGAAGAAAUCGAAUUACCAAACAAGCAUGAUACGCAAUCGUGCUACGGUUCCGGAUUUUGUCAGAAUUAUUUGUUUAUUGAUAAUUACGAUAGGAAGAGGACAACUCUGGUUGAUAAGUUGAAGUUAGCGAGACAUUGUCGAACAUUUCGUCAUACUGUUAAUGCUAUUUUGGUAAAGCUACUUUGUUAAUGACGCAAUAUCUACAAUUAAAUAUACGUAUUCGCACGUACUCUACGACUAUUAGUGAAAAUCUUUAUGUACACGAAUUCCAUGUGUAUUAUACAGGGUGUAAAACGAGUAAUUGCCUAGGCUUUCAUGGAUGAAGUAACAUGUGGAAAUUGUAGAAAAUACGUUGAAGGACAUGCAAAAUUCAUAUCGAUUCUGAAAUUCAAAGUCGAAUCUUUAUAUUCUUGGCUAAUCUAUUCGAUAAUGAGAUAAGAAGUUCGAAAGGAACCACACAUACCAAAAGAUUGUUAGUGUCCAUUUUAAUGUACAUUUUAUUAUAUCAAAGAAAUUAGCCUUUAUCUUCCGUUAUCGUAUCGCAGUAAUUCUACAAUAAACAGAUUAAUAAAUUCUUAUUUUCUGUACAUUCAAAAAGUGGUAAUAUAAUUAUUAAUUAACGAAGACUGAAUCAGCUCUGAAUUAACGAGCAGAAUAUGCAACAUUACAAAAAUGUAUAUCUCUCACGAAUCUCUCGGAAUCAGAAUGCACAAAAUCAUCCAUGAAAUUCAAGAAAAAUUUUGCUUUACACGCUGUCCAAAGAACAACACAUUUUCUUCGCAUUUUUUUUUAUACUUCAAUUAAACAGAAUUUAUUCAUAGGAUUUCGUGUUUUAACCUUCGACCGCUUGUAACAUUAGCGAUAAUACAUUCCAUGUAUUUUCGUCAAUUAUUCCAACUUGUUUUCGCUCAAGGAUAUAUACAAGGAUACAUUUCACUGCAUAAUGAACGAAUCCAAGAGCGUUUUCGUAUAACUACACUUGUUCCUGGGAUGUGAAAGUAAGUUUUUCAUAUUUUGUUUCAAUGUUAUCUUUCAUAUUAUAGUACUGGUCAAUAAAAUCAGACAUUAAGACGUUAAAGAGGUGUUUCUUGUUUCGCGAUAUGGUACGCGGUUCGAAUACAGGGUGUCCUUUAAGCUCUGCAUUGAAAAUACCUGCAUUGCUUUCGAUGAUAUGGAGAAAACGGAAACAAAAGGAAAAUGUUUUCAAGAUUAUUGCCGAUUUGUUAAUUGGGGUAGGAUUUGUUUAUUAUCAUAAUAUUGCAAUAACACUACUAUAACAUUGUGAACAAGUUCCGUAGUA